GAAUGCUGUGCCUGGGCGUGCUGUAAUGUAUGCAUUCCUGGAUCAUGGAUGCAUUUGGGGGAAGGGAUGGCAAGCUGCCGUGCGUCUGACGUCAUGACGCAGGAGCGAGGAGGCGAUGAGAGGAAGGUGCAAUAAACACACAGGGCGUCUGCGCCUAUCUAAGUAGGACAAUAAAGUGAAAACGGUAUCAAUGUUCUAACAAUGGAUUUGUCAGACAUGCUUGUUCUUAAAGUUUUCCUGUUCGUGUAUUUACUAAACCACACCCAAGGACACUAUAGAAAUCCCCUGAACAAGUACAUCCGUCACUAUGAAGGUCUCACCUACGAAACAGAGCCGGUGCACAGCAAUCAUCAGAGGGCCAAGAGGGCGUUCUCUCCUGAAGACAAGUUCCUUCAUUUAGAUUUCCACGCCCAUGGAAGGCAUUUCAAUUUACGGAUGAAAAGGGAUUCCACCUUGUUUUCUGAAGAUUUGAAGGUAGAGGUUUCAGGAGAUGAGGUUCCAUUUGAUACCUCUCAUAUCUACACCGGAGAGAUCUACGGGGAGAAAGGCACCCUGACUCAUGGCUCCAUUGUGGAUGGUAAGUUUGACGGCUUCAUUCAGAGCUACCAAGGCACCUACUACGUGGAGCCUGCUGAGCGAUACCUGGAGGACAAAGACGUUCCCUUCCACUCCGUCAUCUACCAUGAAGACGACAUACACUACCCGCACAAGUACGGCCCGGAGGGAGGCUGCGCUGAUAGCUCCGUGUUUGAAAAGAUGAAGAAGUACCAAGCCUCGGCCGUUCGUGAGCCACCCAAGGAGCUCCACACGGAGGCGGGCUCUAAUGACCCGGUGCUGCUGAGGAAGAAGAGGAUGGUUCAGAUUGAGAAAAACACCUGCCAGCUGUUCAUUCAGACCGACCACCUCUUCUUCAAGUACUACAAGACCCGGGAGGCUGUCAUCGCUCAGAUCUCCAGUCACGUCAAAGCUAUCGAUGCUAUCUAUCAGGGAACAGACUUCAUGGGCAUUCGCAACAUCAGCUUCAUGGUGAAAAGGAUCAGGAUCAACACCACCAGUGAUGAGAGGGACCGGUCCAACCCGUUCCGCUUCGCUAACAUCGGCGUGGAGAAGUUCCUGGAGCUCAACUCGGAGCAGAACCACGACGACUACUGCCUGGCUUAUGUCUUCACCGACAGAGACUUUGAUGACGGGGUGUUGGGUCUGGCCUGGGUCGGAGCCCCUUCAGGGAGCUCGGGAGGCAUCUGUGAAAAAAGCAAGCUGUACUCUGAUGGGAAAAAGAAGUCUCUGAACACUGGUAUAAUCACUGUACAGAACUAUGCCUCCCACGUACCUCCAAAAGUCUCCCAUAUCACUUUCGCACAUGAAGUAGGACACAACUUUGGCUCCCCGCAUGACUCUGGAUCUGAGUGCACUCCAGGAGAAUCCAAGAGCCAAGACAAGAAGGAGAAGGGCAAUUAUAUUAUGUAUGCAAGAGCCACGUCGGGAGACAAGCUCAACAAUAAUAAGUUCUCCAUCUGCAGCGUGCGCAACAUCAGCCAGGUGCUGGAGAAGAAGAGGGGAAACUGUUUUGUCGAGUCUGGUCAGCCCAUCUGUGGUAACGGCCUGGUGGAGCCCGGGGAGGAGUGUGACUGUGGCUACAGCGACCAGUGCAGGGACCAGUGUUGCUAUGACGCCAACCAGCCUGACAACAAGAAGUGCAAGCUAAAGCCCAACAAAGUCUGCAGUCCCAGUCAGGGUCCCUGUUGUACCCGAGAGUGCUCCUACAAGGGUCGUAAUGAGAAGUGUCGAGAGGAGUCGGAGUGCGCUCACCAGGGCAUGUGUAACGGGGUCGGCCCUCAGUGCCCCACAUCUGAGCCCAAGGCCAACUUCACGGCCUGCCACGGAGAGACCCAAGUCUGCCUCAACGGGGGCUGCUCCGGAUCCAUCUGUGAGAAGUACGGGCUGGAGGCCUGCACCUGCGCCAGCCUCGAUGGCAAGGAUGAGACGGAGCUCUGUCACGUGUGCUGCAUGGAGAAGAUGAAUCCCAACACGUGCAGCAGCACAGGAUCAGAGCGCUUGUCUCGGUUCUUUAAUAAGAAAGUGACCACGCUGCCAGCCGGCUCCCCCUGCAACGACUUCAAAGGCUACUGCGACGUGUUCAUGAAGUGCCGUCUGGUCGAUGCAGACGGCCCGCUGGCCCGGUUGAAGAAGGCCAUCUUCAACCCAGAGCUCUAUGAAAACAUUGCCGAGUGGAUUGUGGCCCAUUGGUGGGCGGUGCUGCUGAUGGGCAUCGCCCUCAUCAUGCUCAUGGCCGGAUUCAUCAAGAUCUGCAGUGUGCACACUCCGAGCAGUAACCCCAAACUUCCUCCUCCCAAACCUCUUCCAGGCACUCUGAAGCGGCGGCGAGCGCAGCAGCAGGCUAACGCCCAGGUGCAGAACCAGUCCCAGCACCCGCACGGCCACCAGCAUGGGGGGGGGCAGCGGCAGCCCCCCCGGCAGCCCCAGCGCCAGGCACAGCCGCAGAGGAACCACCGCCAGCCCAGAGAGAACUAUCAGAUGGGCCAGAUGAGACGCUGAGACCCCGCCCCCCCCCUCCCCCCCC